AUGGACAAAAUAUUCAGAGUGGUUCAAUGCACCGAUGAUCAAAAGGUGCUGUUCUCAGUGUAUAUGUUGGAAGGAGACGCCCAUCAUUGGUGGGCUAAUGCGUCCCAACCCUUGGUGAUGCAAAAUGUGGCAAUUUCGUGGGCCAUGUUCGAAGAAAUGUUCUUGGAGAAGUAUUUCCCGAUGUCAAUCCGGGAUAGCAAGCAAGGCGAGUUUGAUCGACUCGUGCAAGGAACCAUGACGGUGGAUCAGUAUCAUGCUAAAUUCAACGAACUACUCCGACUGGCAACUUACCGAGGAACUAUGCCCAUGCCAGACUUUCUGGCAGCAAAAUUUCAAAGGGGUUUAUCCGCUAGGAUUGCGGAACUGGUAGCUGGCAACGACCCCUGUGACCUAGCCACCCUGGUGAACAGAUGUAGAAAGGUGGAAGCGAUAGGAUUGCAAGCAAGGAAGCCUGCAGAAACCAGCGGAUCUGGAACCAAAGCUCCGAUGGCUAAGAAUGGACAAUGGAGAGGAAAACGCGAAGGCAGACCGUGGCAGCCCAGGCGUGAUGGUAACAAGUUCAAGAGGCCCGGGAAUCCUCGAGGAAAUGGCAACAGGGCUCCCAAUUGCCCCAAAUGUAAGAAGGCCCAUUUCGGCAACUGUUUGAAUGGGUCGACACAAUGUUACAAGUGCGGCCAAGAAGGACACUUCAUCAAAGAUUGUCCACAAUGGGGAGAACAACAGACAGCCGCUGAGGCGCCAAGAGUGGGCAGAGUUUACACGCUGGAUCAACAUGUGGCGGACCAGGCGGCCGAACUAGUUAAAGGUACGAUCAAUAUAUGUGAUGAAGAACUAUCUGUUUUAUUUGACUCUGGUGCGACCAAUUCCUUCAUUGCUGAUUAUGUGGCAAAAGCCUUUAACCUAACUAUGAGCCCAAUGCAAUCCCCUAUGCAAGUCACCUCUGCGACGGGGGAAGUGACAGUGUCUCACUUCAUAUGUAGAAGUCAGCCGAAGUAUAAUAGUCGGCGGGGACAUGAUGGGGACCCCACUCCCCAAUACUCCACCGGUCGAAUCAGGAGAUUGCACUUUCAUGCUAAUAGCCGGUCUAGUAGGUGCGAGCGAGAUCCCGUUGAUGAACAUUCCCGUGGUCAAAGAAUUCGAGGAUGUAUUUCCUGA